UUUAUUUUGAAAUAAUAAGGAAAUAAGAACAUGACCUGGUGGUUGUCGUCCUGUAAUGAGAAAGCGUGGUAGGUUUGGAGCCAGAAAUGUCCUGAUAUGUCGCUUAAACAGUAAACACCAUUAGAUAUAUUGUCGCCAUGGCUGUAGCUUGUUUCACUAAGCAGCUGCUCAGGUGCGUUGUGUUUAAACCAAUAGGAAAGCGCGCGAGAGCGGCUGUUAGAACUGUGUCUACUCACGCGCUCAGACACCUGACGCACAGCCGUGCGCGUGAAACCCCGGUUUACCGAGUCUCGAGAUGCUGCAGAGACUUUCAUACAACAAACUCAGCAAUGGUGGCAAAGAUCAUGACGGCGGAUGAGAUGUUUUCCACAAAAUCCCUGCAGGACUACCUGAGGACACUGCAAACUGAAUAUAACGAGUGUCUGCGAGAUGUCAACUCCACAGAGCUGCAAACAGAUGACGAGGAGGAGUUGAGAGCAAAAAGGAGAAAGGUGACUGCUUUAGAGCCUCUGGUCCAAAAAAUCAGGGACCUGGAAUCAAAACAGAGGGAUUUUGAGGAGACCGAGUCAUUACUGAAAGAAAAUGACCCUGAGUUGCGCGAGCUUGCAGAGACAGAGAGGGAGCACUGCCUGGCAUCCAUUCAAGAAAUGAAACAAACGAUUCUGUCUCUUCUCGUCCCUGAGGAAGAAUCAGACAUGAGCGAUCUGAUCCUAGAGGUCACUGCUGGAGUUGGAGGUCAAGAGGCCAUGCUUUUUACAGCAGAGAUAUUUGACAUGUAUCAGAACUAUGCUGGUUUCCAUGGCUGGGGCUUUGAUACACUGGAGUACAUGCCAAGUGACAUAGGGGGUGUACGACAUGCCGCAGCCAGCAUCAGUGGUCCACUGAGCUACAAGAAGAUGAAGUUUGAAGCAGGCGUGCAUCGGGUCCAGAGAGUCCCGAAGACAGAGAAACAAGGCCGCAUGCACACCAGCACUAUGACCGUGGUAAUAUUGCCACAGCCUGCAGAGAUCUCCUUCACUAUUAACCCCAAAGACCUGAGGAUUGAAACGAAAAGAGCCAGCGGAGCCGGAGGACAACACGUUAACACGACUGACAGCGCUGUAAGGAUCGUCCAUUUACCAACAGGCACAGUGGCUGAGUGUCAGCAGGAGCGCUCCCAGAUCAAAAACAAAGAGAAGGCCAUGAAGCUGCUACGGGCCAAGCUCUACAGCGCAAAGCUGGAGGAGGAGACGAGUAAGAGAUACCAGGCCCGCAAACUCCAGGUGUUCCCAGGCCAGCCGGGAGAUAUAAUCCCUCCAGCGUGUCCUGGGUUGGUCUCGGGGUCUCUGCCCAGUGGGGUGUGCCUGGUAGAGCUGCACAGGCAUCCUCCUGGGUGGCAUCCUUACCAGAUGCCCAGACCACCUCAACUGGCUUCUCGCUAUCUGGAGAAGUGGCGACUCUACUACGAGGCUUUCCUGGAUUACUGAACUUCUCAACCUAUCCCUAAGGAUUGGCACCAAAGGCAGAUCAGAAAAAAUCAGGACCUACAACUUUGCUCAAGAUCGGGUCACUGACCAUCGGAUUGGGAAAACUCUGCAUGACGUACAUGGAUUUUUAUUAGGGGAGGAGCUGCUGGAUGAGAUGAGC